AAUAAAGUAUUUCUGAUUUCUGAUUCUGAUUCUGAGGUAGCACUAUAUACUGUAUCACCAUGACACAAAUAUUCAAAAAGUGGGCGUUUUACCUCUUUGGACCUCAAACAGUUAUUUGAAUGAAACCAUGUAAGAAGUUUAGAUGGGAAAUCGCUUUUGGUGGAAUGACUAUCAACUCAGAAUUCUGAAGCUUCUGACAAGGGGCCCCAACUAGACACUGUUGUUUUGUACGGCGUCACAAGACAAAAGCCAAUGGUUUAAUCUAACAGUGCACUUUAUUCUAUAAAUUUAGCAAGUAGUUUUAUGUACAUUUUUAAUCUGAGAAGUAACUAGUAACUACAGCGCUCAGAUAAAUGUGGAUGAGUAAAAAGUACAAUAUUUGCAACAUAAAAUGGAAAUGUAGUCAAAGUACAAGUACCUCAAAAUUGUACUCAAGUACAGGAUUUGAGUACAUGUAGUACCACUGCAUUCUACCCAUGCAUGCUAGUUGAACAUGUGAUUCCUAAAACCAUGGGCAUCAAUGUGCUGCUAUAACAGCCUCCACCUAGCUGCGGGGAUUUGCUCCCAUUCAGCCACAAGAGCAUUAGUAAGGUCCAACUCUGAUGUUGGGUGAUAAGUACAUCCUCACAAUCAGUGUUCCAGUUCAUCCCAAAGGUGUUGAGUUUGGGGUUGAGUUUAGGGCUCUGUGUAGGUCAAUCAUUUUCCACACCAAACUGGGAAAACCAUUUCUUUAUGGAGCUGGCUUUGUUCAUUGCAUUGGGCAUUGUCAUGUUGAAACACAAAAGGGACAAACAAACUGCCACAAGGUUGAAAGGACACCAUUGCACACUAUUGUACUUUAUAAGCAAGAAGUUGAACACAUAGUGCAUGGCUGUGUAUUGACAACUCAGUUGGUGCUAUUUCCAGUGUAGUGUCCUGUUAAAAGUGGCAGGGUUAAACUAACCUCAGGGCAUUAUGGUCAUGUGGUGGAUCAAUGGCUUCAAACUGGAGUCCUAGUUUGCAACAGCAUUGAAAUAGUGUCAGCUGCACUGCAUAGUGGGGUCUCGUCUGUCAGGAGGACAAAUGAGCCCCGAUGUCUCCACAAAUUUAUUUGCUCUUUUAUAAUGGCUUUAUGCUGAAGCACACAAGACAAGGACCCUAGAAAACACAUAAUAAUAAUAAUAAUAAGAUAAUAAUGUGACAGAAGAUGGGGGAUUGGAACUUAUUAGGGAGUAUUUUAGAAGAGGUCCACAUUCAUUCCACUAUCGUGGGGAAGAUCUGGCUCACCAUCCUCUUCAUUUUCCGGAUGCUUGUGCUCGGCGUUGCGGCUGAGGACGUCUGGGAUGACGAGCAGACUGAGUUUGUUUGCAACACAGAGCAACCCGGUUGCAAGAACGUCUGCUACGACCAGGCUUUCCCCAUCUCCCUCAUCCGCUAUUGGGUGCUGCAGAUCAUCUUUGUGUCCUCUCCAUCUCUGGUCUACAUGGGGCAUGCAUUGUACCGUUUGAGGACCCUUGAGAAGGAGAGACACAGGAAGAAAGCCUGUCUGAAAGCUGAGCUGGAGGGGACAGACCCUGUCCAGGAGGACCAUAAGAGAAUUGAACGAGAGCUCAGGAAACUAGAUGAACAGAAGAAAGUAAGGAAAGCUCCCCUUAGAGGCUCCUUGCUGCGUACAUAUGUUUUCCAUAUCUUAACCAGAUCUGUGGUGGAGGUGGGUUUCAUUAUAGGUCAGUGUGCUCUGUAUGGCAUUGGACUGUCUCCUCUGUACAAAUGUGAGAGGUUGCCUUGCCCUAACAGUGUUGAUUGUUUUGUGUCACGGCCAACAGAGAAGAACAUCUUCAUGGUUUUCAUGCUGGUUAUUGCUGGAGUUUCUUUAUUCCUCAACCUCCUGGAGAUUUUCCAUUUGGGGGUGAAGAAGAUCAAACAAAGCUUGUAUGGAUACAAAUAUGGAGAUGAUGACAGUGUGUACAGAUCAAAGAAAAACUCCAUGGUGCAGCAGGUUUGUGUGCUCACUAACUCCUCACCACAGAGGUUGAUGCAGCUCACACAGAUGACCUGCUCUAUUGUGUCUGAUGCUCGUGGAGAGACUCUGCCAUUGAAUUUGGCCCCAAUGGCCAAUCAGGAGGGGUCUAACCAGCAGCCUGCACAGAUGUAUCUGCCGAGCCAAGUUGACAUCCAGGGUCUACAGCAGCUGGGGUCUGUGGAGCAUCGCUACACUCUGGACAACAGGAAGCCCUCAAGCAGCAGUGAUGAGUCAAAUGGACCUCACGGCUCGGGCCAGCCACAGUAUACAGGACCUCGACCCACAAUGAUGGCCAGCCACAUGGAGAUCCCAGCAGCCUUGAGGAACCCACAGAGGAAGCAGAGUAGAGUGAGUGUUUGUAAGGAGCUCAGUGACAUGAGCGAUUCUCCGGAGAGUGACCACUACCCAACAGCCAGGAAGUGCAGUUUUAUGUCCCGAGGACUGUCGGAGGGCAAGCUGGCCACUCCGUCUGACAGCGCAGGUUCUCAGAGUGGAACAGACGUUGAGGCCCAGCACCUCAACCAGGGAGAGAGUCCGGUGGUGACCCCGCCGCCUCCAUCCAGCGGGAGGAGGAUGUCCAUGAGUAUGAUUCUGGAGCUGUCUUCAAUCAUGAAAAAGUAAAUUGAAAAUUACUGUUUUUGGAUCAAGCUAGAGGCAUAUGGGAGUUCUAAGGGGCUGAUGGAUCCUGAUCGCAAAGCGACUCUUAUCCUGUCUCUCAACUGUAACUUUAUGUUUUCACAGUAUGUUUAUACAGAAUGUAUUGUGCAUGGACAACUUCAGUUCAAAUAUGUUAUAAAUAUGACAUUCCACAGACAAAAGACGCUUAAUAAUUUGCUUCAUGUACUGUAAAAAACAGUUUGGUCUAGACCUGCUCUAUACGAAAAGUGCAAUGAGAUAACUUCUCUUAUUAAUUGGCGCUAUAUAAAUAAAACUGAAUUGAAUUGUACAGUUGAUAUCUCCAGCAUCUGCUAUUUUUAUAUUGAUAAUUUGCAAACUACUUGCUAUUUACUAUAGGUUUGUGGGUAGUUUUUGGAGACCAUAAAUCAAAUAAGAAUCAAAAUGAUAUUUGGCUCAAAGCAUAAGUGACUGCUCAUAAAUUGAGAUCAAUAGCCUGUUGAGAAAAAAGGGCUCUACAAAUUCAACAUUUUGUUUUUUCUGAGAGUAGCCUAAUAUUGUUUCUGAAUAUAUCUGAAAAAUUUAAGCUUUUAAUGUGAAUGUGUCUGUUGUCCUGUUGUUU